AUGGAUACAGACUCGACAACUCCCAUCCUUCCAGCUCCCUCCGAUGAAGAGUUGAUUUUUGACACGCUGGUGUUUUCUGGUCAGCAAAUAGCGUUAGAAGAUGCACCAACAAUACCUCUGUACUCAUUGAGCCGCGAGUUGGCAUGUAUGGUUCAAAGGAAUAUGAGUAUCAUCUUUGAAAGGGUCGAGUUUGUUGAGUCUAACACAAGCUCAAAAAGAAGGAGACAAGCCCAUGAUCUUUAUUACCUUGUGCAUCCGCGCAAAGCUCACUAUCGCGAUGAUUUGCCAGAGUAUUACAUCACAGCUGCAGCACCUGGAACGUUAGGAAAUGUUCAGUUCGAUAUUUCCAAAACAAUCCUACAAAGAGCCGAGUUUAAAGCAAUACUCAAUGAUGAUAAGUCAGCUGCGGAUGUUUUACUCUUUAAUUGCGACACUCAGCGGACGCUGUUCGAUAUCAACCCAAAGUCGAAGGGCGGCCACUAUCAGUGGACCGAUGCCGAUGGGCAAAAUAUUGCUUAUGAGUCGGGAAAUGGCGAUGAGCAUAAGCUAGUUAUCCAGGUUCAACUACAAAAGCAAAUGAGAGACAUCUUGGUUGCUUUGUGGAUAUUGAGACUUUGGCACGAUAUUGCUGAGAGCCAAGGCGCAAAGGACAGGAGUUAG